UUGAAGAAAAGCGUUCAAUUUUUACUGCACGUACAAGAGUAGAUUUUGUCUCAAUAAUUACAUACAAUAACGUUAAACUAGUAAGGGUAUGGGCGAGGAGAGUUGAGAGUCUAUUAAGAGCAGAAUCUCACGAGUAAUCGGAUUAAAACGACCUUGGCUGAAAUUGUAUUUAUUAGCAGAAGUGCUGCAUUCAGCCGCAGGCUAAACAGUCAUAUCGGAUCGAAGCAUCUGAAGUUUCCUUCAGGAAAACGCGCAAAAACAACAGAAAUGCCUGUAGAUUUGAAUGGUUACUGGAAAAUGGUGUCCAAUGACAACUUCGAAGAGUAUCUGAAAGCUCUCGAUAUAAACAUCGCUAUUAGGAAAAUUGCCACGCUUUUGAAGCCCGAUAAAGACAUCACUCACAAUGGAAACCAUAUCAACAUUAAGACGCUCAGCGCGUUCAAAAACUACAACAUGGACUUUGAGGUCGGGAAGGAGUUCGUGGAAGAUCUCAGCGGUGUGGACGAUCGCAAAUGCAGGACCACUAUCAAAUGGGAGGGAGACAAACUGGUUUGCGUGCAGAAUGGAGAGAAGGAGGGUAGAGGCUGGACCCACUGGAGGGACGGAGACCUAUUACAUUUGGAGUUAAGAGUUUGCGGAGUGGUUUGCAAGCAAGUUUUCAAGAAACAAAACUGAUCUGGUCCUGGUCUGAGACGAACACCUCCUACUGGCGACCUUGCAAGUGACAACAGAUCCCCACCCUGUUUUCAUUUAUCAUCCAUAGACAAUUAAGGCCCAGCCUACCAUCUUAUUAUUAUUAUUAUUAUUAUUAUUAUUAUUAUUAUUAUUGUUGUGUAACAUCAUUUUUACAUUUUGGUAGAAUUAAAUCAGUGUAACUGUGUUUCUGUUGGGUCCAAUGGGGCUUUUCACCCCUUCUCACUUCGUCUUGAAUCUGAACCCUUUCAGAUAUGUUCUAGAUAUGUGUGGGAAUCUCUUUGAUUGGGAAAGCGAAUGAAACUGUGUAACGCUGGGGCUUGUCAGGGAAUGACAGUUUUAUCGAGGAUGGGGGUCCAUGUUUAGGGUUUAGGGGACUGGAAAGGGAUUUGAUCAAUAAUGUACAGAUAUGAAAAGGGAGCACAAUCACAUGAUUGCAGAGGACAGAUGUUAUUUCAGUCACACACAACGCACAAUUGUGAUGUAACUGUUGUUUUUACAUAAAUCAAUGGUUAAAACACUUACCACAUAUUAAUAGAUGCUCUGCUGUCUAUUAAUUUGAAAAUUCAUCAUAAUUGUUGCUAUAUCAUCAGCUCUUGGGUAUUAACAUGAGUAAGAGCCAAAUUCCAUCAGCAACACACAUCCAAGGUCUGCCAG